AAAAGAGUAAUGUACUAAAAUUAGUGGUAAAUUUGGUAGAUUUUCAGACACUAAAAAUGGCGAUAACAUCAUUUCCACCCUUUCUAAUCUCCCUCCAACUGUUUCGUUUGCUAGACAUUUUAGGAGCCAAAUUCGGGAAGCUGAGGAAAUUUGGUCUUUGUUCCAAACAAACCAAAAAUUACCCAGAAACAAAGAACAAAAAAAAAAAAAAACCCAUUCAUUUUUCCGAACUUCGUCAUUCCAACAGCUCCCAUUUUCUUUGAAUUUUUUUUUUCAAAAUCUGAAAAUACCCAUUUCUUGAAACUAACCAAUCAACACAGAAAGGUCGAAACUUUAAAAAAAAAAAGAUUGUUUUUUCUUUCUUUUUGUGUUGGUUUCCGUUUAUGUAGAUUAUUACAUUUCCCUCCAAGAUUGCCAUCUUCAAUGUGAGUUUCAUAAAUGCUUUUCUUUUUCUUUGUUAUGUUGGCCUUCCUGAAAACCUACAUUGAUGCAGGAGAAAGAGAGAGAAGAUAUGGAUAGAGACAUUUUUUGAUCUUUGGGUUAUUUGGUUGACAGAGAAAGGAAUGCAGAGUUUGAACAAAGGCAUUGUUUUUAUUUGUUUAUACAUAGAAUGAGCAAAAAGCUUGGCUUUAGAAAGGCUCUGGAAACCAAAGUAAAGAAAUCACAAGUAGCUGCAAAGAAGAAAGCAAUAAGCAUAUUUACAGCAAUGUCUGUUGCUCAUGUUGAUGAGGAAGAGGCUGGUUCUGGUGAAGUUCGCCAUGUUGAAAAAGUCCUCCCAAGAGGCGACUUUUAUAUAGGGGAAUGGUGUGAUGGUUUGCCUCAUGGCAAUGGGAAAUAUUUAUGGACUGAUGGUUGUAUGUAUGUCGGUGGGUGGUUUAAAGGAAAGAUCAUGGGGAAGGGAAAAUUUUGUUGGCCUUCAGGUGCUACCUAUGAAGGUGAAUUCAAGAGCGGGUUUAUGGACGGUCAAGGGACUUUUACAGGUUUUUCAGGAGAUUCUUAUAAAGGUUCUUGGGUUAUGAACCUUAAACAUGGACAAGGGAUUAAGAAUUACUUCAAUGGGGAUUACUAUGAAGGCGAAUGGCGCACUGGAUUCCAGGAGGGAGAAGGGAGGUACCAGUGGACCAAUGGGAUUCAUUAUGAUGGCCAAUGGAAGAACGGGUUAAUGAAUGGGAAUGGAAGAAUGGAGUGGAGUGAUGGGAAUAGUUAUGAGGGUUGUUGGGAGGAUGGUUUCCCUAAAGGAAACGGGACUUUUAGAUGGCCAGAUGGGAGUUCCUAUGUUGGUGUUUGGAGUAAGGAUGUUAAGGAAAUGAAUGGAACAUAUAAUCCUUCGGAUUCUUCAACUGAGAAACCAGAUUGGGAUCCUCAAGUGGUGUUUUUGGAGUACUUGAAAGAGUGUAAGAUAUGUCCUGGUGAGAAGAUGUCAAUUUUGCCAUCAAAAAAGGUGCCACAUUGGCCUGGAAUGGGCAAAGGGAAUGAUCAAGGGAGGCCAAGGAGAAUGUCUGAUGGGAAGUUAAAUUGUCAUAGUUUUAGUUCUGAUAUGCAUGAUGUUUCAGCUAUUAGUGAAGGGGACUCCAAGGAUGAUGAUGAUGGUAUUGAGAGUCUUUGUCUUGAAGAUUCUACUUCAAGAGGGAGUCUUCCUCAAUUUAAGACGCCCACGAAGAGGCAAGGGCAGACAAUAUCCAAAGGCCACAAGAAUUAUGAGCUUAUGCUCAAUUUGCAACUUGGUAUUAGACACUCAGUUGGAAGGCCUGGUCCAGUUAUAUCCCUUGAUCUCAAGUCCUCAGCUUUUGAUCCCAAGGAAAAAGUAUGGACCAAAUUUCCGCCAGAAGGAUCCAAGCACACUCCGCCUCAUCAAUCUAGUGAUUUCAGGUGGAAGGAUUAUUGUCCACUUGUGUUCAGAACCCUUAGGAAAUUGUUCGAUGUGGAUGCAGCUGAUUACAUGAUUUCAAUAUGUGGGGAUGAUGCCCUUCGGGAACUAUCAUCCCCUGGAAAAAGUGGAAGUUUCUUUUACUUGACCAACGAUGACAAAUACAUGAUAAAGACGAUAAAGAAGGCAGAAGUAAAAGUGCUCCUAAGGAUGCUUCCAGCCUACUAUAAUCAUGUUCGGUCCUUUGAGAACACUCUAGUCACCAAAUUUUAUGGUCUUCAUUGUGUGAAAUUAACCGGGACAGCUCAGAAGAAGGUACGGUUUGUUAUAAUGGGGAAUCUGUUAUGUACUCACUAUACCAUUCAUAGGCGCUUUGACUUGAAAGGUUCUUCCCAUGGUCGCACAACUUCUAAACCUGAAUCAGAAAUUGAUCCGUCUACAACCCUCAAAGACCUUGAUCUCAAUUAUCUGUUUCGGUUAGAGAAAACGUGGUUCGAAGAGUUUUGCAGGCAAGUUGAUAGAGAUUGCGACUUACUUGAACAAGAGAGAAUUAUGGACUACAGUCUGUUGGUUGGUUUUCACUUUCGAGAAGUUCCUACACCUCUUGCUUCUGGAGCUGUUACACCUACUGGAAAUGCAGACCAUGAAAAUGAAGAAGUUCCUCGGCUAUCUCAAACAGGACAGGAUCAGCUUGAUAGCGAGCCCUCAGGGGGGUCUUCCAUUCGAUUAGGUAUUAGCAUGCCUGCUCGGAUCGAAAAGACUGUGAGGAAACCUGAAUGUGAAACCCAGCUUAUCGGAGAACCAACUGGUGUAUUCUAUGAUGUUAUCCUCUUUUUUGGUAUAAUCGAUAUUCUACAAGACUACGAUAUUACCAAGAAGCUUGAGCAUGCAUAUAAAUCAAUGCAAUAUGAUCCAACUUCAAUUUCAGCUGUUGAUCCAAAGCAAUACUCAAAACGCUUUCGGGAUUUCAUUUUCAAAAUUUUCGUAGAGGACACUUGAAAACAUAUAUUUGACAAAGAUGUUCAACUUAGGACCAAUGCCCCUCCGUGUACAUUUGAUCAUAAUCCGGAGAUGCGAGCGCCUAGAAGCUUAAAAGGUUAUCGUUCUGAUCAACCGUGGAGGAUGAUUUAAGACCACACUGGACACACCUUUGUAACUCAGGAUUAGGUUAUCACCCUCUCUUCAUCGCCAUUAUUUUUUACCGUUGCAGAUAAUAUAUAUGCAUAUAUAUGAUAUGUUAUAGUGAAAGGUUUAGGUUAAGAUUGUUAAAACCAGAGUUACUAAAGCUUGAUUCAAAUGUAGAUGAAUUGGCCAAAAGUGGUGAAAACAUACAUUGGGAUUGCAUUCUUUUUUGAACUGAAAAUUGUUUACUUCAAUGGCUGAAGAGUCUCUGGGUUCAGCUUCAAAUGAUAAUGUACAGAAAGAGAUUGAAAUGAGAAAAGGAGAAGAAAAAAAGCUUUUAGUUUGCUUAUAUGGAAAAUGAAAACGUUUUGUGUC